ACUGAGCGACUGUCAAGGUUUUGGUAAAUACACUAUAAAUUCAUCAGGUUUACAUGACUGAAGCGAUAGACUGGUUUGGAUAUACGGAUAUCUUCAGACCAACCCAAGGCUUUUAUCUCUACACACAUGGGUUACACUUAUUGAUUAAGACAGUUACAGAAUGGAUGACAUUCCCCGUGUAUCAGAAGUCAUGUACGUAGGUCUGUGUCGAAAGAUAGGGACACCGACUGAAGUGACCAUCAGAAGGGACGUGAAUGACAUGAGGGAAAUGAUAGAGAAACCUGUACAGAUAUAUAGAGGAGAAAGACGUAUGUUAAGUGGCAGUUAUAGGGAAGGAUUCAGGUUUAAAUCAUCAGACAGGGACAUGAUGUUCUGGAUCUGUAGGCAAAAACUGAUAAGCGAUAUCUCACAGGCCAGACUUUACGAUAGAACAAAACACGACAUUACUCUGAUGGAGGACAGUGAUACACCGCCCGGAUUUGUCAAACUACAGUGUCUGACAUGGCCAACAAACGGAACUGCUGCUGUUCCAGUCAAUGACAGAAUUUAUAUGUCGAGUUUGCUAGUUCAACUUCAAGGCAUUGAAAUAUUUAAUGCCAAAAAAAAAAAAUCACCAGAGAGUCACUAGUCACGGUCCUUGUGCUAACAGUUAUGUCGGACCUAACGAAUUUGACAAUGCUCUUUGUAUUGCGGGUACACAUUGGCCUAAAUUGACACGACCUUGGAUUGAAAGAUGUUUCCGGUAUGCUUGGCCUCCUGCACCUAUGUUUGAAGAAAUUUUAAAAGAUGGAUAUCACUGUGUGCCAAUAGGAAGUAAAACUGUUUCUAAUGGAAACCUAUUAGAGUGGAGAUUGUCGUUUUCUCAAGCCGAGCAAAAACUUGUGUAUAAUAUGAAUCAUACACAAUUUUUAGUUUACGGACUUCUGAAAAUAUUUCUAAAGGAGAUAGUCAAUGAUGGUGUGGAGGAACCAUUACUGUGUUCUUAUUUCUUGAAAACCACCGUAUUCUGGAUGAUACAGGAGGGAUCUGUUGAGUGGCGCCCUAACAAUUUACUGAAUUGUUUCUGGAAGUGUUUCGAAUACCUCAUUCACUGCGUUUAUCGUGGCGUAUUCCCAAAAUUUUUCAUUCCACAGAACAAUAUGUUCAUUAACAAAGUUGUAGGUGCUGCUCGCACUGCCUUAUUGGAACAGCUUUAUCAUUACUACCAAACGGGCGUGUCCUGUCUCCUACUCAGUCCAACCCUCAGAUCCAUCUUAGAACCAGCCUUCAGUAACCUGACCUUAGUGAUUCCAUCUGCUGAAGGACACGAUGAAGCUGUUGUAGAUUUAGAUAGCAUCGUGUGGAGGGAGACGUCUAUAUACGUGUUUACAGCUAAGGGGCUCUCUCAAUAUUUCAUUUUACUGUCAACAGUAGAUAAAUUAUCAAGCUUAUCACUCUCACCAUACCACACAUUAACAUUACAGUAUUAUACAGCUUACAUACUCGUUCGCAUGGCCUUCGUAAUGGUAAAUAGUACUUCAUACCAUACACUUAGAGACUUGUACAAUGUAGACAGAAUUUUCUGUAACAUGGUGACACUGGCAUCAAGGGUAGGCACUGUGUCCCAUUCAUUGUAUCUCGCCCUGUAUUACUGUAGAACAGGUAGAUAUAAUGAACCACUCCGUGUCACUUAUCUCACUAAACAAAGACUACCACAGCCCUAUAUCCUGUAUGAGGGUAAUGUAGACAGACAGAGAUACAGUGAGGCUGUAGGUAGUAUGUCUCUGUCUAGGAAAAUGAAAACAGCCUGGGCAGACAAUGUGAUCUUUACUCAAAACAUCCACUUUAUUGAGGAAUUAAUCUUAGAACAAGAAGUGUGUAAACAAAACGGUAUAUAUGCCUUAUGGAUUCCCCCGUUUGUGUUGACAGAGAUGCUAUUGGUGUUAUCUCACUACAGACUAGGUAACAGAUCCCAGUAUCUACAGUCACUGACACACCUACACACCCUGCUGCUCUACGAUAAUGGCAGAUAUGUACCGUUACACCUCAGAAACCUUUCCUGGCAGAUACUGGGGAUCUGUCAGCAUGUUGUGGGGGACUUACACGGGGCGUUACAGUCUUAUCAAGAAUCACUCAGACAAGAACAACACUACAACAUACAGACAGCUACAGAAAAUAGUGUUUGUUGAACGUCAGUUACACAGAAAUAGGCAAUCAUAAAAGGAUAGCCUACAAAGCAAUUAAACAAAGUGCAUUUGACAUUUUCUGUUUGAUUGUGGCCUCAUCAUAAUCCUGUAAACAACAUUGUGUACACAAUUGACACCAUCUACGUUGAAAUCGCAACAUCAGCACAUUGGAACAUCAUUUCAUUUAUCUCCUUAUGUUGUAAGCUUUUUUCCCUCCUGUGAUCCCCCCUUUUUUUUUGUAAAUUGCGGAAAAUGCAACGUUCCGUGGUAAAGCCGUUUUACAAUUCAUCUACAAAUUGUCUGUUUUUAUUUGUGUUUUCAUAGCUCUGAAUGAUCUCAAGUGAAGAUUUCUAAUGUGAACAAUUUAUUACCGUUAACAUACUUUUGAAUGAUGUAAAUUCUUUGAAUUGAAACAAUUUUUAUGUAUAAUGUAAAUAAAGUUCAUCAUAAAUGCCA